AUGAGCAGCGUUCAACUUUCGAAGGGCGACUUCCAUAGCAUCUUUACCAACAAGCAAAGAUACGAUAAUCCCACCGGUGGCGUUUAUCAAGUUUACAACACCAGGAAAUCUGAUGGGGCCAAUAGCAACAGAAAGAAUUUGAUCAUGAUUUCUGAUGGUAUUUACCACAUGAAGGCUUUGUUGAGAAACCAAGCUGCAUCCAAGUUCCAGUCAAUGGAACUGCAAAGGGGCGAUAUCAUUCGUGUGAUAAUUGCAGAGCCUGCUAUUGUUAGGGAAAGAAAGAAGUACGUUCUCUUGGUUGAUGAUUUUGAGUUGGUUCAGUCACGUGCUGAUAUGGUCAACCAAGCUAGUACGUUUUUGGAUAAUUAUUUUUCAGAGCACCCUAAUGAAACCUUAAAAGAUGAGGAUAUAACUGAUAGCGGCAACGCCACUAAUCAAACAAACACCGGCAAUGUCGGAGUUCCAGAUAUGCUGCAUUCAAACUCAAAUUUGAAUGCAAACGAGAGAAAAUUCGCCAAUGAAAACUCUAACUCGCAGAAAUCUAGACCAAUUUUUGCCAUCGAACAACUGUCCCCAUACCAAAACGUUUGGACUAUCAAGGCAAGAGUUUCCUAUAAGGGGGAAAUUAAAACAUGGCAUAAUCAAAGAGGUGAUGGUAAACUAUUCAAUGUCAACUUUUUGGAUACCUCUGGAGAAAUCAGAGCCACCGCGUUCAAUGAUUUUGCUACCAAAUUUAACGAAAUUUUGCAAGAAGGCAAGGUAUAUUAUGUGUCAAAGGCAAAACUACAGCCAGCUAAGCCCCAGUUUACUAACCUGACACACCCUUAUGAGCUGAAUUUGGACAGGGACACUAUUAUAGAAGAAUGUUUUGAUGAAAGUAAUGUCCCAAAAACUCAUUUCAACUUUAUUAAAUUAGAUGCUAUUCAGAACCAAGAAGUGAAUUCCAACGUAGACGUCCUCGGUAUCAUCCAAACUAUUAACCCACAUUUUGAGCUAACUUCAAGAGCUGGAAAGAAAUUUGAUCGUCGUGAUAUCACAAUUGUUGACGACUCUGGGUUUUCUAUCUCUGUUGGUCUAUGGAAUCAACAAGCCCUUGAUUUCAACCUUCCUGAAGGUUCUGUUGCUGCCAUUAAAGGUGUUCGUGUAACGGAUUUCGGUGGCAAGUCCUUGUCUAUGGGAUUUUCAAGUACAUUGAUUCCAAAUCCAGAAAUUCCUGAGGCAUACGCCUUAAAGGGUUGGUAUGAUUCCAAGGGCCGCAACGCAAACUUCACCACUUUGAAACAAGAACCUGGUAUGGGUGGUCAAUCGGCUGCUAAUUUAACAAAAUUCAUUGCUCAGCGUAUUACUAUUGCUAGAGCCCAAGCUGAAAAUCUAGGAAGAAGUGAGAAAGGUGACUUUUUUAGUGUCAAAGCUGCUAUAAGUUUCUUAAAGGUUGAUAAUUUUGCAUACCCUGCCUGUUCUAACGAAAAUUGUAAUAAGAAAGUUUUGGAACAACCUGAUGGUACCUGGAGAUGUGAGAAAUGCGAUACCAAUAAUGCAAGUCCAAAUUGGAGAUAUAUAUUGACAAUAUCAAUUAUUGACGAAACCAACCAACUGUGGCUCACUUUAUUUGACGACCAAGCUAAACAAUUGUUGGGCGUUGAUGCCAACACAUUAAUGUCCUUGAAGGAGGAGGAUCCCAAUGAAUUCACAAAAAUUACUCAAAGUAUCCAAAUGAACGAAUAUGAUUUUAGGAUUAGAGCGCGCGAGGAUACAUACAAUGAUCAAAGCAGAAUUAGAUAUACUGUUGCUAAUCUACACAGUUUGAAUUACAAGGCUGAGGCCGAUUAUCUGGCCGAUGAGUUAUCCAAGGCUUUAUUAGCUUAG